ACACAGGGGCAUGAUAAAAGUGCUGCACUGAAGUAACUCACGUGUAGUUGAAUAGCUCUAAACAGGACUUGCUGGAAGUAUGGAGGGAGAGGAAAAAAAUCAUCUGGACACUAACAUCAGUAAUGCUAAACAACCUGAUACUGACCGAGGAGUUGCCCCCAUCAAAAUUCAGUUUGUCACAACAAAAGAAAAAUUCCAUGAGUUCAUAGAUUGUCCUGGUAAACAUUCAGAUAAAAGUGUGGAAAAUGAGUCGGUAACUAAUCAAGACUUCUCCAUACAUGAAACAGAUGAACCAGAGUGCAAAAGAAUAAAACUGGAUGAAGGUCAGGAAGGCAAUCUAAAAAGUAAAGGUGAUGAUAAGGUGAAAGAUAAUCAGAAAAAGAAACUAAGGGGACAAAACAAAUCUAGGCCCCAUGUGAAACCCAACAGCUAUGAUGACAAAAAACUUUGCCCAUCUGUGACACAGGAAUGCCAAAAGAAAUGCUUCUUUGGAGAAAAAUGCAAAUUUCUUCAUGAUAUUCCUACAUACCUGUCUUUAAAGCCAGCAGAUGUGGGAGAGCAUUGCUAUCUCUUUGAGACUUUUGGAAAAUGCCAGUAUGGUAUUACUUGCAGGUUUGCAAAAGCUCACAUUGGUGAGAACUUCCAAAACUUGUUUAAUGAAGAGUUAGUGAAAAAAUGGCAAGGGCAAGUGAUGGUGAAAAAUACCUUGAGCAAAGAGCUUCAGCAGUCCUUGCGCAAAAGAAAAUUCAGUUUUAAGGAAUCCGAGAAAUACCUAAAACAGAUAAGUAAGUAUAAUAAGCAACAUAAAAAAGGAAAUGGAGAGACUCUUGAACAAUGUGAAACUGUCAACAAGGUGGAAGCAUGUUCAGAAGCUCAGAUUGAUGAUUCAAAUAUGGUGAAACCGACUGGCAGUGACUGUGAAACAAACCGUGGACAUUUCACUAUUGUACCCCCAGAGGCUCAAACGCCAGAUUUGCCUUCUCAAGAUACUUCUGGGAAAGUUCCCUGCAUGAAAACACAUGGUGCUGUUACUGAUGAAGACAUUAUAAAGCUUAGACCCUGUGAAAAGAAACAAGUGGAUUUCCGAGAUAAACUUUACCUUGCACCUUUGACAACGUGUGGAAAUUUACCUUUCCGACGAAUAUGCAAGAGGUUCGGAGCAGACAUCACCUGUGGAGAAAUGGCUAUAUGCACAAAUUUACUGCAAGGUCAGUCAUCAGAAUGGGCCUUGCUCAAAAGACAUCAGAGUGAAGAUCUAUUUGGUGUGCAGCUUGAGGGGGCCUUUCCGGAUACAAUGACAAAAUGUGCUGAACUCCUUAAUCAGACUAUUGAUGUGGACUUUGUGGAUAUAAAUGUUGGCUGUCCUAUCGAUCUUGUCUACAAUAAGGGUGGUGGUUGUGGAUUAAUGAAUCGAGUUAACAAAUUUGAGCAGAUUGUUCGAGGGAUGAACUCGGUUUUAAAUGUGCCAUUAACUGUAAAAAUUCGAACUGGUGUGCAAGAAAAACAUAAUAUAGCUCACAAGCUCAUUCCUGAUAUGAAAACCUGGGGAGUUUCACAAAUAACUCUUCAUGGCAGAUCACGGGAACAACGGUACACAAAAUUAGCUGACUGGGACUAUAUAGACUACUGUUCUAAAGUAGCCAGUCCAGUUCCUUUAUUUGGGAAUGGUGAUAUCCUGUCCUAUGAGGAUGUGAUAAGUGCUAGAAAGACAAGUGUUUCAGGAGUUAUGAUUGCAAGGGGUGCUCUAAUUAAGCCAUGGAUUUUUACUGAGAUAAAGGAACAAAGACAUUGGGACAUUUCAGCCACUGAAAGAUUUGACAUUCUGAAAGAGUUUACCAGCUUUGGUCUGGAACAUUGGGGAGCUGACACGCAAGGGGUUGAAAAAACUAGAAGGUUCAUGCUUGAAUGGUUGUCAUUUUUAUGCAGGUAUAUACCAGUUGGACUUUUGGAACGUUUGCCACAAAAAAUCAAUGAAAGGCCACCUUUCUACAUUGCAAGAGAUUAUAUGGAGACUUUGAUGGCAAGCCAACAUGUUGGAGACUGGAUCAAAAUCAGUGAAAUGUUGCUUGGACCAGUACCACCCAAUUUUACGUUCCUUCCCAAACACAAAGCCAACUCGUACAAGUAAGAUUACAGUGAAGAGCUUCUAAACAAGAUGUUUAAUUUGUUUAAUCCAAUUUACAUUUCUGCAGUAAUAAACAUGUAAUCAUUUA